CAAGAUUCCACAACUCCCAUGCGUAUCCAUUCAAAGUCCAUUUAACUCAAUCCGUAAGGGGCUUAUCUACAGGCUAAUAUUACAUGGCUUUUAUGUUCUUUCCUGCUGCCAAGGUUCAACAAGAAAAACUUUUAACAACAUUGCAUUACAAUCACAGGAGCAAUAAAGAUGAAGCCAAUGGUCACGUGUGAUAACAGGUAUGCCUUAUGUCAUUCUCUCUGUUUCAAUACAAGGCUCCCUUCUAACAAAACUCCCUGCAAUAUUAAAGUUGUAAUGGGAACUUCAGCUGGCCACAUGAAUACAGAUAUGAAAGACAGAAGCAUCAAUUCCAGUAGAAUAUACGUGUAUAGAGGCACCAGCAUUUCUGCCCUUGGCCAAAUCAAUAAUAGUAAUACGGACAUCAAAAAAAUCCAAAGUCGUUAUGAAGAAACCCACAUAAUUGCAGCAGGCUUAAAAAGUAACAUCAACAAUGCCAAUCCAAUUCACAACAAUUUUAAUGUCAAUUUCAGUAGAAUGUGCAACAGUUGUGGUGGUACCAACAUCGCUUCAGUAGGCCAAAUUGAUAAUAGCAGUAUGAAGUUCAAAAAAAUCUCUUACUGUUAUGAGGGCACUCACAAAACUAUAGCAAACAUCGAUAACAAUGCUAAUUCAAUGCGCAGCAAUAUGUAUGCCAAUUUCCAUCCAACCUUUAAUGAUGCCAUCACCAAUUUCAAUAAUAAUAGAAACAGAUCUUGCGACAGGAUCCACAGCAAUAUGAAUGCCAACAAAACCAACUACCGUAAUGAUAAUGCCAGAAUCCUCACUUCAGCUAGCCAUGAUAAUCGCAUUUUGAGCACCAAAAAAAUCCUUAGUUGUUACGAUGGCACCCACAAAAUUUCAGCAGGCGUAAGAUAUACCAACAAUGCUUAUCCAAUCCAAAACAGUUUCAAUCUGAAUUUCAAUAGCAAUAGCAAUACCAACAAAAUCAAGACCCGUAUGAAUGUCAACAAAACCUACAACAGUUAUGAUGCUUCCAACAGCCCCACUUCUGGGGGCCAAACCAACCGUCUGGUACUCAGCAAUGACAAAAGGCUAAAACUUAAUAGGUCAUCAGACCGAGACUUCUAUUCAUUCCCAAGAUUUGUUACUCAUGUUGAUGAUGCUUUCAUAUCCACUCUCACAGAUCUAUACAGGGAAAGAAUUCCUCCCGGCGCAGAAGUCUUAGACCUGAUGAGCUCUUGGGUAAGCCAUCUUCCACCUGAAAUUCAAUACAAGAAAGUAGUUGGCCACGGUCUUAAUGCCCAAGAGCUUGCAAGGAACCCUAGGCUUGAUUAUUUUUUCGUAAAAGACCUAAAUGAAGAUCAAACUUUAGAGGCCAACGAUUGUAGCUUCGAUGCUGUUUUGUGCACAGUUAGUGUUCAAUACCUUCAGCAGCCGGAGAAAGUUUUUGCAGAGAUUUAUCGGAUCCUUAGACCUGGUGGGUUGUGCAUUGUGAGCUUUAGCAAUAGAAUGUUUUAUGAGAAAGCAAUCAGUGCAUGGAGAGAGGGUACAGAUUAUAGUAGAAUUCAGCUUGUUGUGCAGUAUUUUCAAUGUGUCACAGGCUUCACACAGCCAGAGGUGGUGAAAAAAUUACCCGGAUCAGAAGCAAAGUCUUUAUUUGGCUGGGUUUUGGGGUUACUGGGGAGAAUGGCAAAUGAUCCAUUUAAUGCAGUUAUUGCUUAUAGAAAUUUUAAACCUGUCUAGGUUUGCAGAAAUGUGGGAAUGGAAGAGGGGAGGCCCUAUUAACAGAGGAUCUCUCCUAGUUCACAAAAAUGGGGCUGCUGAGCACUUAAUUGUGAUGGAAUAUCACAGAGAGGAAUGUGUGGUUGAAGAAAGCAUAAAUUCGAUGUGAAGUUUUCCUGGGUUCAGUAAUUUGGGUUCCAGUUUGCCUUGUUGAGAAAUCCAUCCAUGUUUUAUCAUAUCCACUUUACUAAGAGUGCUACUACAUAAUGGAGUGAAUCAGAGUCCUUACAGAAGAUUUUAACCCUUUCUAUCAGAGCUAAAGUGAAUUAGCUGGACAUCGUCACGAGACAGUUGAUGGAUUGUCAUUAGAGAUGGGAAACACAAGUCUGCUCCCUUAUCAUUCUGGCAUCUUUGUUUCAGAAUGAAAUUGUUCUUCUAGCUAGUUCAAAGGUUUUAGUGGAACAGGGCAAUAUAAACAUACUGCCACAUAGUACACAGAUUAAUUCAUCUAGCUCAACAUGUUCUUGUAGAUGUUAUCUCAGAUUCUCGAAAUUUGAUCAUUAUGUAUUUUAUUAAUGUUUACCUAACUACAAAAGAAAUAUCACAGUUGAAUCCUGAUAGCAAUAUCACAAUUUGACUUGCUGUGGAAAAUGUCUCCUACUGAAGAAGUUUUAAAUUUCCAUUGGCAUUAUCCUUUGAUGAAACAAUUAUUCUAAAGUCAUUGAUGCUCGAGGAGUAGUAUUCCAUUUCAUUUACA